UCUUCCUCCGCAGCCAUGAGCGCAGGCGAGGGGCUGGAGGAGGCUGCGAGGGACGCGGCGGACAUAGCGGCGUUUUUCAAAUCCGGGUUUCAUCGUAAUGAGGAUAUGAAGGCCAUUGAUGUGCUUCCCAUCCUCAAGGACAAGGUCGCCUUUCUCUCAGGCGGCAGAGACAGACGUGGAGGUCCCGUUCUCACCUUUCCAGCACGGAGCAACCAUGACAGAAUACGACCUGAAGACCUGCGCAGGCUCAUAGCCUACCUGGCUACUAUUCCCAGCGAGGAGGUGGCCCGACAUGGCUUCACAGUUAUCGUGGACAUGCGUGGUUCUAAGUGGGACAGCAUCAAGCCCCUGCUGAAGAUCCUGCAGGAGUCUUUCCCUUCUUGCAUCCACGUCGCCCUCAUCAUCAAGCCCGACAACUUCUGGCAGAAGCAGAGGACCAACUUUGGCAGCUCCAAGUUUGAAUUUGAGACGGUGAUGGUCUCCUUAGAGGGUUUAACCAAGAUUGUGGAUCCAUCCCAGCUGACAGCCGACUUCGAGGGCAGCCUAGAGUACAACCAUGACGACUGGAUCGAGGUGCGGCUGUCGUUUGAGACCUUUGCCAGCGAUGCCACGCGGGCUCUGGCGCGCCUGGAGGAGCUGCAGGACACCCUGUCACAGCGCGACCUCCCCCGGGACCUGGAGGGGGCGCGGAGGCUCAUGGAAGAUCACGCCGGGCUGAAGAAACGGGCCACCAAGGCGUCUGUGGAGGAGCUGGACACCCAGGGACGACGGCUGCUCCAAAGGCUAAACUUACAAACUGCGGGAGGUGGUGUUGGCAGUGAAAGCGGGUACGGUAACCGGGCCGUCGGAGCCAGCGGAGACUCCAACGACCAUCACCAUGGUUUCCACGCAGACGCACACAACCUGGUGGCGAAAGUGACGGGUUUGUUGGAUAAGUUGCACGGGACGCGGCAGAAUCUGCAGCAGCUGUGGCACAUGAGGAAGCUGAAGCUGGACCAGUGUUUCCAACUGAGACUGUUUGAACAGGACGCUGAGAAGAUGUUCGACUGGAUCAUGCACAACAAGGGGCUUUUCCUCACCAGUUACACAGAGAUCGGAGGAAACCACCAGCACGCAGUCGAGCUGCAGACCCAGCACAACCACUUCGCUAUGAACUGCAUGAAUGUGUAUGUGAACAUCAAUCGGAUCAUGUCAGUGGGGAACCGGCUCCUGGAGUCGGGCCACUACGCCUCGCAGCAGAUCCAGCAGAUCUCAGGCCAGCUGGAGCAGGAGUGGAAAGCCUUCGCCGCAGCGCUGGAUGAACGCAGCACCCUGCUGGAGAUGUCUGCCAGCUUUCACCAGAAAGCAGACCAGUACAUGAGUAAAGUGGAGCCGUGGGGUAAAGCGUGUGGUGAAGGAGAGCUGCCCUCUGAGCUCCAGGAUCUGGAAGACACAAUCCACCAUCACCAAGGAUUAUACGAGCACAUUACCACUGCGUACUCUGAGGUAAGCCAAGACGGCAAGUCUCUACUCGACAAACUGCAACGACCUCUGACCCCGGGAAGCGCAGAUACGUUAAUGUCAUCAGCCAACUACUCCAAGGCCGUCCACCAUGUCCUGGACAUCAUCCACGAAGUGCUUCAUCACCAGAGGCAGCUGGAAAACAUCUGGCAGCAUCGCAAAGUUCGCCUGCACCAGCGCCUACAGCUGUGUGUCUUUCAGCAGGAUGUGCAGCAAGUGCUGGACUGGAUAGAAAACCAUGGCGAGGCCUUCCUCAGUAAACACACGGGUGUUGGGAAGUCUCUGCACAGAGCCAGAGCUCUGCAGAAGAGACACGAGGACUUUGAGGAGGUCGCACAGAAUACCUACACCAAUGCUGACAAGUUGCUGGAGGCAGCAGAGCAGCUCGCCCAGACCGGAGAGUGUGACCCAGAGGAGAUUUACCAGGCUGCUCACCAGCUCGAAGAUCGCAUCCAGGACUUUGUGCGACGCGUCGAGCAGCGAAAAGUCCUGCUGGACAUGUCUGUUGCCUUCCACACGCAUGUCAAAGAGCUGUGGACGUGGCUGGAGGAGCUUCAGAAGGAGCUGCUGGAUGAUGUGUACGCGGAGGCGGUGGAGGCGGUGCAGGAGCUGAUCAAGCGUUUUGGCCAGCAGCAGCAGACCACCCUACAGGCUACUGUCAAUGUCAUCAAGGAGGGAGAGGACCUCAUACAACAGCUCAGAGACUCGGCCAUCUCGAGCAACAAGACUCCCCACAACAGCUCCAUGGCGCACAUCGAGAGUGUGCUGCAGCAGCUGGACGAGGCCCAGGGCCAGAUGGAGGAGCUGUUCCAGGAAAGGAAGAUCAAACUGGAGCUCUUCCUCCAGCUCCGCAUCUUUGAGAGGGACGCGAUUGACAUCAUCUCCGACCUGGAGUCAUGGAACGAGGAGCUGUCGCAGCAGAUGAGUGACUUUGACACGGAGGACCUGUCGCUGGCCGAGCAGAGGCUGCAGCAUCAUGCAGACAAGGCGCUCACUAUGAACAACCUCACCUUUGACGUCAUCCACCAGGGACAAGAGCUGCUGCAGUACGUCACAGAGGUCCAGGCAUCUGGUGUGGAGCUGUUAUGCGACAGAGAUGUGGACAUGGCCACGCGGGUCCAAGACCUGCUCGAGUUCCUCCACGAGAAGCAGCAGGAGCUGGAGGUGGCCGCGGAGCAGCACCGGAGACACCUGGAGCAGUGCGUGCAGCUGCGGCAUCUACAGGCCGAAGUCAAACAGGUGCUGGGCUGGAUCCGUAAUGGAGAGUCCAUGCUGAACGCCGGCCUGAUCACCGCCAGCUCGUUGCAAGAAGCCGAGCAGCUGCAAAAGGAACACGAACAAUUCCAACAUGCAAUAGAGAAAACCCAUCAGAGUGCACUGCAGGUCCAGCAGAAAGCCGAGGCCUUACUCCAGGCCAACCACUACGACAUGGAUAUGAUCAGAGACUGUGCUGAAAAGGUGGCAGAUCAUUGGCAGCAGCUGAUGCUGAAGAUGGAGGACAGACUCAAGCUGGUGAAUGCGUCGGUGGCCUUCUACAAGACCUCUGAGCAGGUGUGCAGUGUGCUGGAGAGCCUUGAGCAGGAGUACAAGAGAGAAGAAGACUGGUGCGGUGGUGCUGAUAAACUGGGGCCCAACAGCGACUCCGACCACGUCACUCCCAUGAUCAGCAAACAUCUGGAGCAGAAGGAGGCCUUCCUCAAGGCCUGUACAUUAGCCAGGCGUAACGCUGAUGUCUUCUUGAAGUACCUGCACAGAAACGGUGUCAACAUGCCCGGCAUGUUGUCCCACGUCAAAGCUCCAGAGACUCAAGUUAAGAAUAUCUUGAAUGAGUUGCUGCAGAGAGAGAACAGAGUCCUGCACUUCUGGACCAUGAGGAAGCGGAGACUGGACCAGUGUCAGCAAUAUGUGGUGUUUGAACGCAGCGCCAAACAGGCCCUGGAGUGGAUCCACGACACUGGGGAGUUUUACCUGUCCACACACAUGUCCACUGGCUCCAGUAUUCACCACACACAGGAGCUGCUGAAGGAGCACGAAGACUUCCAGAUCACAGCAAAGCAAACUAAAGAGAGGGUGAAGCUGUUGAUCCAGCUGGCCGAUGGGUUUUGUGACAAGGGCCACUCCCAUGCCCAGGAGAUAAAGAAAUGGGUGGCGUCGGUGGACAAGCGCUACAGGGACUUUUCGCUCCGCAUGGCCAAAUACCGAACCUGCCUGGAAUCGGCGCUGGGCAUUUCUUCUGACUCAAACAAGGCUAGUAAAGAGCUGCAGUUGGACAUCAUCCCAGCCAGUGCUCCGGGGUCAGAGGUCAAGUUGAGGGAUGCUGCCCACGAACUGAACGAGGAGAAGAGGAAAUCAGCGCGAAGGAAAGAGUUCAUAAUGGCUGAGCUGAUUCAGACGGAGAAAACCUACGUCAGAGACCUGCGGGAAUGUAUGGAUACAUACCUGUGGGAGAUGACCAGCGGUGUGGAGGAGAUUCCUCCUGGUAUCGUCAACAAAGAACACAUCAUCUUUGGGAACAUGCAGGACCUCUACGAGUUUCACCACAACAUCUUCCUUAAGGAGUUGGAAAAAUAUGAGCAGCUUCCAGAGGAUGUCGGACAUUGUUUUGUCACUUGGGCUGAUAAGUUCCAGAUGUAUGUGAACUACUGUAAGAACAAGCCUGACUCCACUCAGCUCAUCCUGGAGCACGCUGGACCCUACUUUGAUGAAAUCCAGCAGAGGCAUCGUCUUGCUAACUCCAUCUCCUCUUACCUGAUCAAACCAGUCCAGAGAAUCACUAAGUACCAGCUUCUUCUCAAGGAGUUGCUGACAUGUUGUGAGGAGGGAAAAGGUGAGAUCAAGGAUGGUCUUGAAGUGAUGCUGAGCGUCCCCAAGAGAGCUAAUGAUGCCAUGCACCUCUCUAUGCUGGAUGGCUUUGACGGAAACAUUGACUCACAGGGGGAGCUGAUCCUCCAGGACUCCUUCCAGGUGUGGGAUCCCAAGACUCUUAUUCGUAAAGGUCGCGACCGACAUCUCUUCCUGUUUGAGAUGUCCUUGGUCUUCAGCAAAGAGGUCAAGGACUCCAACGGCCGCAGCAAAUACCUCUUCAAGAGCAAGCUUUUUACGUCGGAGCUCGGCGUGACAGAACACGUUGAGGGAGACCCUUGCAAGUUUGCCCUGUGGGUGGGCAGGACCCCGACCUCAGACAACAAGAUCGUCCUCAAGGCUUCGAGUCUGGAGAACAAGCAGGACUGGAUCAAACACAUCCGGGAGGUGAUCCAGGAGCGAACCGUGCACCUGCGUGGAGCUCUGAAGGAGCCCAUCCACAUCCCUAAAGCCACCACAGCUAAACACAAAGGCACACGCAGAGACCGGGAGGACCUGGACAGCCAGGGAGACGCCAGCAGCCAACCAGAUACCAUCUCCAUCGCCUCACGCACAUCACAGAACACACUGGACAGUGACAAGCUGUCCGGUGGCUGUGAGUUGACCGUGGUGAUCCAUGACUUUGUGGCCAGUAACGCUGGCAGCAGCGGGGAGCUGACGGUGCGCAGGGGCCAGACCGUGGAGGUCCUGGAGCGACUCCACGACAAGCCGGACUGGUGCCUGGUGAGGACCACCGACCGCUCUCCGGCCCAGGAGGGGAUCGUGCCCUGCUCCAUGCUCUGCAUCGCUCACUCCAGGUCCUCCAUGGAGAUGGAGGGACUCUUCAACCACAAAGACACCUUGUCCGUAUCCAGUAACGACGCCCUGCAGCCGGGCUCCAGCCAAACCCUGGGCCCCCACAGCUCGCCAGGGCCAAAGCGUCCAGGGAACACUCUGAGGAAGUGGCUGACCAGCCCUGUGCGGCGGCUCAGCUCCGGCAAGGCCGACGGCCACGUCAAGAAGCUCGCCCACAAGCACAAGAAGAACCGCGAUGGCACCCGGAAGAACAUGGACACGAUCCCCGGCUCGCAGAAGGACUCGGACGACAGCGCAGCCACGCCACAGGAUGAGACACUGGAGGACCGCAUGCGUAACGAGGGGCUGAGCAGUGGCACCCUGUCCAAGUCUUCUUCAUCAGGCAUGCAGAGCUGUGGCGAGGAGGAAGGAGAAGAGGGCGCUGACGCCGUCCCUCUACCGCCCCCUAUGGCCAUCCAGCAGCACAGCCUGCUGCAGCCUGACUUCCAGGACGACAAGUCUGCGUGUCGUCUCUCCGGUCGUCCCAGUAGUUCAGAGACGCCCAGUGCUGCAGAGCUGGUCAGUGCCAUCGAGGAGCUGGUGAAGAGCAAGAUGUCUCUGGAGGAUCGUCCAAGCUCUCUGUCGAUGGAGCAGGGCGACAGCAGCUCCCCCUCCCUCGUACCCUCCGACAACUCCCUCCUCUCCUCCUCCUCGCCCAUCGACGAGUUGGACGAGCGCAAGUCCGGAUUCCUCAAGAGGAGACAUUAUGUGCUUCUGGAGCUAGUGGAGACUGAGAGAGACUAUGUCAGGGACCUGGGAUCAGUGGUGGAGGGCUACAUAAGCAGGAUGAAGGAGGAAGGAGUUCCAGACGACAUGAGAGGAAAAGACAAGAUCGUCUUUGGAAACAUCCAUCAGAUCUAUGACUGGCACAAAGAUUUUUUCUUGGGAGAACUUGAGAGGUGUCUGGAGGAUCCCGACCGGCUGGCUACUCUGUUCGUCAAACAGGAGCGGAGGCUACACAUGUACAUCGUGUACUGUCAGAACAAACCUAAAUCUGAGCACAUCGUGUCAGAGUACAUCGACACUUACUUUGAAGACCUUAAGCAGCGAAUGGGCCACAGACUGCAGAUCACUGACCUGCUCAUCAAACCUGUUCAGCGCAUAAUGAAGUACCAGCUGCUGCUCAAGGAUCUUCAUAAAAUUUCUAAGAAGGCUGGAGUGGACACAUUAGAGCUGGAGAAAGCUGUGGAGGUGAUGUGUGUGGUCCCCAAACGCUGCAAUGACAUGAUGAAUGUUGGUCGCCUUCAAGGCUUCGAGGGUAAGAUUGUGGCUCAGGGCAGAUUGAUCCUCCAGGACACCUUCAUGGUGUCCGACCAGGAUGGAGGACUUCUGUCCAGGAUGAAGGAGAGGAGAGUCUUCCUGUUUGAACAGAUCGUCAUCUUCAGUGAGCCCCUGGACAAAAAGAAGGGCUUCUCUACUCCUGGCUACCUCUUCAAGAACAACAUCAAGGUGAGCUGGCUGGGUCUAGAAGAAAAUGCAGACGACCCCUGCAAGUUUACGCUUACUUCCAGAUCCUCCAGUGGAAGCCUGGAGAGGUACACCCUCCACUCAACGAGCCCUGGAGUCAGUCAAGUCUGGGUCCACCAGGUCAGCCAGAUACUGGAGAACCAGCGCAAUUUCCUCAAUGCUCUGACAUCCCCCAUAGAGUACCAGAGGAACCACGUGGGUGGCGGCGGGCCGGGUGGCGGCGGUGGCUCUGGAGGAUCAGGGGGCAGUUCUUCCUCUCUGUGCGGCCCUCGUUCCCGACCCUCCCGCAUCCCCCAGCCGUCCUCACGCCUCCCCCAGCCCGUCCACCACCACCACCCCCCGGGCCCCGAGGGGCCCGACAGAUCAGCAGGUAUGUGGUCACCCUGCCAACCUCCCCUUCAGUCCCUCCCCUCUAACCCCUUCUCUGACACCCCCACAAACGGGGAGCUGUUAGCCUCAGAGGUCCCUAAGAUGAGGAUGCUGGAUAAUCCUCAUGGAAGUAACAGUAAUAACAGUAACAGGUCGUCAGGCAGCAUGGAGGGCAGGCAAGGCCUCGGAGGCUUUGAGGAAACCCAGAAACAUCAAACAGCUGGAAUACCACAAAUGGCCGUGGCUCCUCUGAACUUGCCGCAAAAAAAACCUCGAAUCGGGACAGUUGCUCCUCUGAUAUCGCCUCAGUCACCUGGAGGAGGAGGGAAGGAGGCGUUUGUCCCCUCCAGUCCGGCCCAUAAAGGCAACGUCUUCUGGGCUAUGGUCCCAGCUGUACCUCCCUCUCACACCAGCCGUCCUGGAUCCUUCUCCUACCCAAGUGACGGUGGAGGGGAUUCUCUGGGCAGAGGAAGCCACGGGACGCCCUCUCAUCACCGCCACUCGACGCACAGUAAGGACAUAGACCGCAUGAGCACCUGCUCCUCCACCAGCGAACAGUCCAUACAGUCCACCCAGAGCAACGGGAGUGAAAGCAGUAGCAGCAGCAGUGUGUCCACCAUGUUGGUGACCCAGGACUACGUGGCAGUGAAGGAGGAUGAGAUCAGCGUGGUGCAGGGUGAAGUCGUCCAAAUGCUAGCCAGCAACCAGCAGAGCAUGUUCCUGGUGUACAGGGCGGCCAACGAGCACUGCCCUGCAGCCGAGGGCUGGAUCCCUGGCUACGUAUUAGGACACACCUCAUCCUCCAUCACGCCCGAGCUCCCUGAAGGAACCAUCAAAAAAUCAUUGUCAUGGCACACAGCGCUCCGUAUCCGCCGUAAAUCUGAGAAAAGAGACAAAGAGGGCAGGAAAAUGGAGAACGGCUACCGCAAGUCUCAGGACAGCCUGGCCAACAAAGUCUCUGUCAAGCUUCUAAAUCCCAACUUCAUCUAUGAUGCUCCUCCAGAGUUCCUUAUCCCUGUCGGUGACGUAGCGUGUGAGAGUGGCGACAGUGUUACCCUGAGUUGUAAAGUGUGUGGUCGACCCCGGGCCACAGUCACCUGGCGGGGACCUGACAACAGCACGCUUAGCAACAACGGACGCUACAGCAUAACACACAGUGAGACAGGAGAGGCAGCCCUGUGUAUCCUUGGAGUGUCGGUCGAGGACAGCGGUGUGUACACGUGUGUUGCCACAAACGUAGCCGGCACCGUCACCUCUUACGCCGGCGUCACAGUCUCAGGUGAGGGUUUCCAGGAUGAUGGCAGUGAGGUCCUCUGGAAAGGCAGCUUUGAGUCCCACUACACAGAGAUCACUGAACUAGGAAGGGGACGUUUCUCAGUGACCAAGCGGUGCGACCAGAGAGGGAGCAAACGGACCGUGGCAGCGAAACACGUCAACAAGAAGCUGCUGCGCCGAGAACAGGUGCUGCAGGAGAUCCGACUUCUGCAGAGUGUGGACCAUCCCAACCUGGUCAAACUGCUGGACACGUACGAGACGUUCAGCAGCUUCGUUCUUAUUCUGGACAUGGCCGACCAGGGACGUUUCCUGGACUACAUAGUGAGCUGGGGAAACUUGACAGAGGAGAAAGUGGCUCUCUACCUCAGAGAUAUUCUUGAAGCCCUCCACUACCUGCACGGCUGGAGGAUCGCUCACCUUGAUCUCAAACCUGAGAACAUUGUGGUGGAACACGCGUCCUCUCAGCCCCUCAUCAAGCUGACAGACUUCGGUGACGCCGUGCAGCUGAGCCCUCCUUCCUCCUACAUCCAUCCUCUCCUUGGGAGCCCAGAGUUCUGUGCUCCUGAGCUGGUCCUGGGUCAGCCUGUCUCACUGACGUCUGACCUGUGGAGCUUAGGGGUGGUGACCUAUGUUAUACUAAGCGGCGCCUCUCCCUUCCUGGAUGAGAGUGUGGAGGAGACGUGUCUGAACAUCUGCCACCUGGACUUCAGCUUCCCCGAGGACUACUUCCAGGGCGUCAGCCCGGCUGCCAGGGACUUUGUCCGCGUGCUGCUCCAGGGCGAGCCGGAGCGACGGCCCUCCGCGGCGUCCUGCCUGCAGGAUCCGUGGCUCCGGCCUUAUGGUAGUCAUCAUUCGGCACAUCUGGAUACCUCCAGGCUCAUUUCCUUCAUCGAGAGAAGAAAACACCAGAACGACAUUCGGCCCAUUGGCUCCGUUAAGGCCUUCCUAGAGAGCCGCCUGCUAAACCACUAGACAUCCCCAUGUGCUGUGCGUGUCCAGGAAACUUCCUUGGAUGAGUCGCCUGGUUCAGAUGAGCUGUGUUUAAAAAGAAAAGCCUGCUGAGAGGAUCACCAGCAACAUGUCCACAACGAUUUCCCUUUCCCUCACGAAGCCACAAACGUCCUGCUGCUGCUGACUGACUUGACUACUCUGCUGAUUAAACCCUUUGACUCUCCCCACCUGCCCUUAUCCCUGGCAUAUUGUCUUUAUGCCUGCACAACAAAUGAACCGUUGGAAUCCAUUGGAGAUUUCGAUCUUAGCAGGGAGAAAUAUUAUUGAGCUUUCUCAUUGAUGCCAGCGCGGGCAAGUCUUGCGCUCUGGACAGUGUUAAACAGAGAAAUUAAGAAUACUGUGUAAGAGUAAUUCAGGCUGCUUUCGGUUGAACACAUGAAAGUGUGUUUUGUUUUUUUUGUAUGGAGAGAUUACUUUUUGUAAAUGAAACCAUGUACAGGGAGGAAACAGAACUGUCUUUAUUCAUACCUUUUGGGAAAACAAAGGUUAGUUAUUACGUUGAAAUAAAACAAGAGAAAUGAGAUGUGCACCCACCAGCAGGGUCCACUCACUCUAGAUGAAGACCAAAACCACGAUCAGAGACACAUUGUAGUUACGUCCAAAACUGUCGCGCAACAAAAAAGCUACUCGGCAAAGCUUUUUCUCCGAUUUCUACCUGCAUCCGCCUUAUUUGUAAAUAACAUAUUCCUGCCUUUAGUUCUCAUUUUGAAGUCUCACACGAACUAUUUUGUUUGCCCGACAUUAGUGAGCCCAUGCAGUUUAGGGAGAUAAGUCGCUCCCUGCGGACCCUUCAGCCGCCCGGGUUUUCUUUACGAACAAAGCGCUACUAGAAAUGCACUUGUAAUAUGCAUCGGCUCCCAUGUGCAAUGUUGCAGCUUUAACGUUUAUGCAACUAUUUAUGAAGACUUGUGUUGUAGCCGUAUUCUCAAAAAAAACGAAAAAAGGCAUGUACGUACCUGGUACUGCGGUAGAUGUCUGUAUUGUGUUAACUCUUACGUAUUAAGUUCAGUAUUAAAAUCUGCAACCCCCCCUCCCCCCAGAAGAUUUUCAGAAAUAAUGUAUGAAAAUGUGUAUCUAUAAAAUACAGGCACUUACGCUUUCAUUUGUCAUUGUUACGCUUUUAAGUUUCUGUAACAAAACCAAAGUUGACUUUGUUUUAUUUUUCCUGCUAAAAUGUGUUUAUUUUUGAUUUUUCAGGAUUUCUCAUGUUAAGUUAUGACAGAGCACACUGAACCCAGAUAUGAGUGUUUACGUAGGUUCAGUCUGGUUUUAUUUAUUCUUAUUGUGAUAAGAAAUUGUUAGGUGUUAUAGCUAAAACAAAUAUUGCUUCACUUGGUCUUUUUUUAUUUCAAGCUGUGCACAAAGUGGUUUGCUGUGUGCGUUUGUUUGGCUUUUGUAGGUAGAUGCUGGUGUGCGUUGCUAGAUAUGAUUUCACUUUCCGUUUUUAUUUUGUCGCACCUCAGUUCGACGUCAUAAGACAGAGUUGUCUGACAUUUUUUACCGAGCAAUAGGUCUGGAAAAAAUGCCCUUUGUGGCCCACCACCGUGGAUUUGAAAUGAUCGGGGAGUGCGUUACACUCUCUAGGAGACACAACAUUUCAGAAACAUCCCUUCGUCCGCUCACAGGUAUCUGCCAUGAACGAGAUCUCUUCCCAUUGUUUUCAUUAGACUGAGCUGAUAUUCGUUAGGUGAAGUUGUUGAAAACUCUUCUUUUUUUUUUAAAGUGCCAGUUCAGUGUCUGACCUAGAGAGGUGGCUGAAACUGAAAUCAAACAUGGUUUGUCAUUUUAUUUUUCAAGCUUUACUGUCAGAUGAUCUGAUUUAAUGCUAAAGAAGUUAAUUUGUUGAGUUGAACGACUCUUGUUGGUCUGUACAGUCUAAGUCUCUCAUUUUGUGUCAUGUUUAUUUAUUGGUGUGAGUCUGUGUUUCCCAAAUUCAUGCUGUUGUUAACUUUAUUGAAUUUUCUUAAAGCCUAUUCAUUUAAACUAAAAAUAAAAGAUAAAUAAGAUAAGUAAUAAAAUGCCUUUGGGAAACCCAGCCAGCUCAUAAUGUAAAGAUGUACAGAGAGGGUCGGGCAGUUUGCCCAACGCCCGGGAUGUAAACCUCAUAAUUAUGUCAUAUUUUAAAUACACAUAGGAGAAGACUGCAGCAAUGUCAUUUUGAAUGUCUUAUUAUGACUUAUUCUUACUUUUGCAUGUAUAUUUCUUUGUACAGAAGAUUGUGUUUACAUGUUAUUAUGUGUUGUAAAUAUUUUAUU